AUGUCGAAACCCCGGAUCACCAUCACCCUUGGGCGCUCUGGUCAAAGGGUGGUAAAGGGGGCAUCGGUCAAAUCUGCUGGUUCUCGUGCCGAGUCUCAGCCGCUAUCGGGAAGGAAAAGAUCUGCGAGAGAGAUAUUUGAGAGCAAUGCUGAUAAUUCUUCUUCGUUUGCUAAAACGCGGUCUAGUUUAUUUAGCUUAGGCUUGAUUUGGCUUCGAGGGGAUAGAAUUACAAGGAGUGCAGGUGGCAGAGGAUUAAACGAUGCACAGAUUGGCCGAAAUGACCUCCGGUUGAAACUCAUGCGCAAACGAACAUCUAGGAGAAUACAGCGUGAGAUUGAAGAACGUACAAGGAUUGAGCUACGUGAAAAGAUGUCAAGACCUAUCCAAUCUACGGUAGGGCCAGAAAGGGGUCUUUUGAGGAACCUACCCCCUACAAGAGGGAAUGAUGAUUUCCUACCCAUGGACUCAUUAAGAAGAUCUUAUGCUUCUCAGACCUCGGAUGGACUAACUUCUAAAUCCUCAGAUAGAUUUCAGAAAGCUAAUAUAGAGAUGUCACCACCAAGAAAUGUCAAUCAAGUGCACCGAAUGUCAUCAGGCAGGCCAAUUGAUGAUUCAAGAACUGGACAACUAAUGUGCAGUGAUCUCUUGCAACCUUCUAGGCCAAAGGAUCCUGCACCUGUGACCAUGAGAGCCACUCUUGAUGCUGGCAAGCCAGCUUCCAAACUUCCACCAGCAGGUCUCAGUGUGCCGAGAAGCUCAUACCAUGGUGAACAACCUCCCACGGUUAGUAGCUUAUUGCACUCACUUGGUUUGGGGAAAUACGCCAUUCAUUUUCAAGCUGAGGAGGUGGACAUGGCCGCACUGAAUCAAAUGGGGGAUCGUGACCUGAAAGAGUUGGGGUUACCAAUGGGACCAAGGAAGAAGAUUCUCCUCGCCAUCUUGUCCUUGUCUAAACGGAAACCAUGA